CCGGCCCCUCCCCUCCUUCCCUGGCUUGCCAGCCUCUUCCCUCUACUGGCCGCUGGAUGGGCGCGGGUCGGGUCGCUGCGGUGCUGGGAGGGCUUUGGUCGGGCUCCGGGAAGCUCGGAAGGCUCAGAUCAGCCACGGCCGCUCAGACCUGUGACCAUUAGGCUCUUCUGUAAGUGAGGACACAGAGUUUGUGUUGGAUGACUGCCUGCAACACUGAGGAGGACACUCACUGGCAAAUCCCAGUAGAGAAGCGCUACCUGGGUCAGGUGGAGACAAGAUGGGCCCCAGGGGCAGGCAGAGCCCCUCGCAGGGGUCUUGUUUCUUCAUCCUCUUCUGCUUGCGCUUAGGUGCCUCCUGCCCACAGGCCUGCCAGUGCCCUGACCAUGCUGGGGCUGUGGCUGUCCACUGCAGUUCAAGAGGUCUGCAGGAGAUCCCUAGAGACAUCCCAGCGGACACGGUGCUCCUGAAGCUAGACGCCAACAGAAUCUCCCGAGUCCCCAACGGAGCCUUCCAGAACCUGCCCCAGCUGAGGGAGCUGGACCUGUCCCAUAAUGCCAUCGAGGCCAUAGGGCCUGCAGCCUUCUCAGGUCUGGCUGGAGGCCUGCGGCUUCUGGAUCUAUCCCACAAUCGCAUCCGAAGAAUUCCAAAGGACGCACUGGGCAAGUUGAGUGCCAAGAUCCGCCUGUCCCACAAUCCACUGCACUGUGAGUGUGCCCUGCAGGAGGCCCUGUGGGAGCUGAAACUGGACCCUGACUCUGUGGAUGAAAUUGCCUGCCACACCUCGGCUCAGGAGCAGUUCGUGGGGAAGCCACUGAUCCAGGUCUUGGACUCAGGCGCGAGCUUUUGCAGUACCCACCGGAAGACCACCGAUGUGGCCAUGCUGGUCACUAUGUUCUGCUGGUUCACCAUGGUGAUCGCCUAUGUGGUGUACUACGUGCGCCACAACCAGGAGGAUGCCAGACGACACCUGGAGUACCUGAAGUCCCUGCCUAGCGCACCAGUCUCCAAGGAUCCUCUCAGCCCUGUGCCCUAGCGUCUGCCUCCGGCGGGCACUGAGCCUGGCUGCCCUGGUUUCAGCACCAGGUGGAGGUGAUGGUGCUCUUGUGUUCCCAGGGAGGUGCAUUCCAGCUGCUUCUGCACGGCCCCAAAAGCACUUCCAUUGGCAUUUGGUCCCUGCAGCCACUGCCUACCCAGUAGGGGAUUUGCCCAUCUUAUUGGGUAGGUAAACUGAGGUUAUAGGUAUGGAACACUUUGCCAGAGAUGGAUUCAGCUGGCACCUAAACCCAGGCUGCUUGUGGUGUAGGUCUGAGACUCCUUUGAUCUCUCUGCUAAUCUUUUCCACGCAGUGCUGUGGGAAGUGAAUAUUUGCACACACAAGGAUGGGGCCCUGAUGGGGAGGAUGGCUGCAGCUCUGUCAAUCAGAGGCAUCAGCAGCUUUGCUGCUGGGGAAUGGCUCUCUGUUUACUCUUGCCCUCCCAGUCUAUCAGAACACAGAGAUGCUACCCUUUCCCAGAGCAAAGCACUGGUGAUCUAGGCCUUUCGAAAGAGGUCAGUGCAAAGUCCAGCUUGCACUGACUUGUACUGACCUUUGUUCUGGGAGUGUCUGAGUUGCCCUUGUGCCAAAAUUUCAGUCCCUUGAGGGGGAGAAAUGGAGAAACGUGAGAAAGGUCCAGCAUGGGCUUACCGUGGCAGUGCCCGCUGCCAGACAACUUAUGGCCCUCCCCUGCUUCUGCCACUCCCAUCUGUGCCUGGCCAGUGGAAGCCUGUCAAUCACAGUGGCUCCUGUGCCUUGCUUUUCUACUGCGAAUAUCUAAAGCAGCUUUUUCAAAGGAGGCAGGACUGGUGUUUGAGGUUUCCAUGCCAAUCAACAGGAUGCUGCUUUUCUCUAGCAACAAGAACUUUCUCCUUUCACCUCGCUGAAAUCCCAGAGUUACUUCGUUGAUCAAUUUUCUUACCCUAUAUUACUUCAUGUUCAGGGGUAGCCACCUACUUGACUAACUUCCAGUUUUAUUAUUUUCUAUCUUUUUGUAUAAGUGUUUUUAUCUUAAGCUUUGUUGAGUCCUUGGGAGAAGCAAAUGAGUGUAGAUUGUGUGGAUGCUGAGUGUCGUCAGGUCUAACCGCCUUUUCAAGCAGAAAUUGACGGUGGCUUCUCUUUCUGUUGGGAAAUUCUCUUGUGAUCUGCAGGGACAAGGUGAGACUGUCUGGGGCCUGGCCUGGCUUGGUUUUAGCAUCACUGUGGCCUACAGUUAUGUCACCACAAGACAUGGUACUUGGGGCCACAUGACUGUCAGCUGCAGAAGUACAUGAAAAAGAAAUACUCAUGAGCUUCCCUUACUUCUGAGUGCUCACACUUGCAUGGUGGCCAUGGGACCACCAUGCCCAGCAUGUGCAGUGUAAGUGGAGUGUUAAUCUGGAGCCUUGGAUGAGCUCAGAUCCCGACCACCAUUCCUCCACCGCACUGGGCCAAGCUACACUGUCCGCAGGGUUGCAGGGGUCAGGCCCUGGCAGGGGCGAGUAGCACCAUUUCCAUCCCGGUGAGAAUUGGAACCAUGAAGCAGCCUCCUUAGUGACCCCAGGCACUGGUGUGACUGCUGCCUGGCCCACAUGGCACAGACAUGACCAACAUAUGGUGUCCGCUUACGUGUUCAGCGGAGACAGGCACUGAGGGCAGAGUGGUCUGGACCUAGAAGGUUCUGACCGAAGGAGAAGAGGCUAAAAAGCCAGAGCUGAGGGCUUGGAUUAAAGAUGGGGUGCUAUCCUGAUACUGGGAUGGUGCCCAAGGGGCCGUGUCUGUCCCGUGAGCAGGGACACCUCUAGCCUGGCAGCGACUCCGGGAGGUGCUGCUGGAGAGGAUACGGCUUGCAAGCCUCUUGUUGGGUGUUGUGAUGUGUGGUGCAGGGAGGGUGGCUGCUUCUAAGCUGUUGUCACAACAUAGGUGGUAGCUGGGCCCCUGCAGCCCUUCCACCUGUGUCAGGGGCCUCCACUGUCCAGCAGGUCUGUCCUGUUGACAUGACCAUGUCAGGAAGGAGAAUGGAUGGAGGCUGGGUGGGGGAGGUCAGCACCCCAGAGGUCUUCUGUUGUUCUUGUCCCAGAAUCACCAGUGGGCCCUUUAGAUACACAGGGGUAGGAUUCCUUCCCAGGCUGCUCAACUCACUGCCAGACUCAACAUGCUGCCCUUAGCCUAGGACAUGGCCCUACCUGGUUGUGCAUCCACAGGGCUCCUGCCGGAAAGAAAAGGCAGGGGACAGUCUACUUGUAUGGAGCCUGGAAGGACAUGCCCCCUCCUCCUGUGAGGAGAACCCCAGAGACCCCAGUACCCUCCUGCUCAUCCAAGCUUCCAACCCUACUUCUUUGGAGUCCCAUCUUCCAGCCAUUCCAUUCCCUGUCCUUGCUUUUCCCUGCCAGGACCAGCUCAUAAGAUAAGGGUAUGAGGCAGGGCUCCCUGAUGGGAGACUUGCAGGGGGAGGGGUGCAUUAAAAUGUUCUUUCUCCCUGGAUCCCACCUUCUUCACCAUCCUUCAGUCCUUGAAUGAGAUGUUCUUCCUCCCCAACCCUACACAGACCCUCUAGAUCCUAGACACUCUGGGUCAGCCCUGCUUCUGUACCCCUCCCCAGACUCUGGAAGGUGGGGCCUUGCCACACAAACAGAGGUGCCCAAAUGUUCCUCAGGCACAGUGAGUGGUUUAUGCCACAUGCCUCCGUGUCGCGCCUCCAUCAGUAUAAACUCACCGUCCCUGGUCCCAGCCACUGGCCCUGCUGGGCAUUUUCCUUCCCACUAGUCACUCAUGGUUUCUAAGACACGAUUCUAAACUGAGUUCCUUGGGUGGGGUCAGAGGUGGGGGAUGCUAAGGCGUAGACUGAGAUGUAGUGUUCUGGACCCGUGGCAGCUCUCAGCCAUGCAGAAACCUGAGGAUGGCUUCUGAGUUGCCUUUCCUGGAAGCCCCAUCCUGAACCUGAUCUGUCCCCUUCUCA